CCAUCCCUCCAAAGAUGGCAACCCAAAGCUCACACUCACAGCAACUGAUGAGAAGUGAGCGACGGAUGUUCUCAGCAUCGGAUGACAGUGCAAUGAUGAAGCAAAUUCAGUCCACUCAUUCGCCCGAUGGUCGUUUUCUCGAUGUCAAACCCAUUCUCCAAGUCAUUGACAACGUUUUGCGCCAUCUCACUCCUACCAUUGAUCAUCAUGCCCUAAAUGGUGGACAAGGGCACAUGGAUGCCAUUGAUGAUAGCUCCGCAACUAUGGAUAGCAAUGGCAUGCUUGAAGCAUUGGCUUUUCUUGUUCACAAGAUCUCCUGCGAGAUAUCAUGCAAGUGCUCGGGCGGAGGCGACGCUCAUGCGACAACAAUGGUGCUUCUCAACACGCUUUCAAGCUAUUCAUGGGACGCGAAAGUGGUGCUAACGUUAGCCGCUUUCGCCGUGAACUUCGGGGAAUGUUGGCUGGUUCUUCAACUCUGCACUACGAACUCACUCGCCAAAUCCGUGGCGCUACUUAAACAACUACCGGAUAUCUUAGAGUAUUCCCACACACUGAAACCCCAUUUCGAUGCACUUCACAAACUCAUCAAGGCAAUGAUGGAAGUAACCAAGUGCAUCGUCGAGUUCACCGAGUUACCUUCUCAGUACAUAUCCAGCGACGUGCCGCCGCUGUCGAUCGCAGUGGCUCAUAUCCCCACAGCUGCUUACUGGACUAUCCGAAGCGUUGUGGCUUGUGCUGCGCAGAUUACGAGCCUUGUUGGCAUGAGAUAUGAGUUCGUUACAUCGACGUCGGAGGCAUGGGAACUAUCAAGCUUGGCCCAUAAAGUCUGCAGCAUCCAUGAACACCUUCAAAAGAUUUUGCAUCUUUGUCAUCAGCAUAUUGAUGAGAAGAAGCAAACAGAAGCAUAUGAAGGCCUAAAGCACAGUUUCGGAACUCCUCAACUCGACAACUCCAAGAUUCUCCUCAAAAUUUUCUCACUCAGCAAGGAAGAUCCUCACUCUCUCUUGGGUCCGGAUAAGACCAAGGUUCAUAUCGAGGUACUGAGAAGAAAGCAUGUUUUGCUGCUGAUUUCUGAUCUCGAUAUCACCCACGAAGAGAUUCAGGUUCUCGAAUCCCUUUAUAAAUACGACCGAGUUGCUUCUGAGGUUAACUAUGAGAUCGUAUGGCUCCCGAUUGUAGACAGAUCGGCUUGGAAUGAUAGCUAUCAGCAAAAGUUUUUGAGUCUGCAAUCGAUGAUGCCGUGGUAUACUGUGAACCAUCCUUCCAUUAUCGAACCGGCUGUUGUUAAGUACACCAGAGAAGUAUGGAAUUUCGUGAAGAAGCCGAUCGUGGUAACGUUGGAUCCACUAGGGAAAAUGACAUGCCCCAAUGCACUCAACAUGUUGUGGAUAUGGGGAAAUACCGCCUUUCCUUUCACCACCGACAGAGAAGCAAGUCUCUGGAAAGCUGAGGCUUGGACUGUUGAAUUGCUUGUCGAUGGGCUUGAACCAAACUUAUCUAACUGGGUACGACAAGAGAAAGUGAUUUGUUUGUAUGGUGGAGAAGAAAUGGAAUGGAUCGAAAGCUUCACUUCUGCAACAAAAAACGUUGCACAGUUUCUCGGCAUUGGGUUAGAGAUGGUUUAUGUCGGAAAGAACAACGCCAAGGAACGGGUGAAAAAGAUCACGGGUUUAAUCAACGAAAGGCAGCUUAGUCACGCUUGGCAAGAUGCCAAUGUUUGGUUCUUCUGGAAACGAUUGGAAAGCAUGUUGUUCUCGAAAACACAACAAGGCAAGACCAACGAAAUCGAUGUUAUAAAGCAAGAAGUGAUGACCUUACUUGGAUACGACGGCAGCGAACAAGGGUGGGCAGUGUUUUUUUCAGGGACCAAUAUGGUGAGAGCCAAAGGAGACAAAGUUUUAAACGCCAUUCAAAGCUUCGAGCAAUGGGAAGACAUGGCACGAGUAUCGGGUUUCAUCUCGGCAAUCCGUGGGCACUUGGAAGGGAUCGCCGACGAGCAUCACUGCACUCGGCUUAUCCUUCCGGGAAUCAGUGGGGGAAUUGCGGAGACAGUGGUGUGUGCUGAGUGUGGACGUACCAUGGAGAUGUAUUUCAUGUACCGCUGCUGUGAUGAAUGAAAGCCGUUGGAUUAAAAUUGCUUAGAAAAUCAGAAUAAACAAUUACUUUUGGGUUAAUUUUACUUACUUUAUGAUUGGUAUUUGUUGUUGAAGGCUUAGAUUGCUGGUUUGAUGUGUGCUUUUGGCUACUGCCAUACAUUUGUAACAUUUACUUUGCCAAAAUAAUGAAUAUAUUCCAAGUUUGUGUCUCCA